AUGAACCACCAUAUGAAAGUCAAAGCUGCUAAUGAUAUCAUAAAGGGCAUGGCAGUGAGAAUAAGGACUAUAUGGAAGAGUGGGAAAGGUAUAACAAAGACUCCAAGGAAGAAUGAGGAAGGGACAGAAGGCACACAAGAGAAGUGCGAGGACGGAACAAAGAUGUCAUUAGGGAAGAGCAGGGAAAGGGUGAAUGGGAUGCUAGAGAAGAACAUGGAAGAGACGAAUGAAAUCCUAGAGAUGAGCAUCUAA